AAACCUCCUCAGGGUGCUAGUGAUUGGCUGCAUGAGCUACAAGUCCCGCCUCCUCGACAUAUUUAAAGGUACAGGAGUGCCAACGCGGACUAUCUGCUGUUCAAGCUGCUGAAGGGAGGUGUCGCGAGAAGCUGCCAACAAACUGUCAAUCAUGAUGCUGCUGAAGUCACUAGCAUCCCUCUGCGUCCUGGCUGCUGCUGCCUUUGCCGUCCCCGCUAAGGAGAAGCGCGUCCAUCACCAAGCCGAUCUGAGUGACCAUGCCCACGACGAUGGUGACGGCUUCAAGUACGACCACGAGGCCUUCCUGGGCAAGGAGGAGGCCAAGACCUUUGACCAGCUGACCCCCGAGGAGAGCAAAGACAAAUUGGCGAAGAUUGUGGACCGCAUCGAUACCGACAAGGACGGCUACAUCAACCAUGUAGAGCUGCACUAUUGGAUCAAACACAGGCAGAGGAGGUACAUCGAGGAGAACGUGAACAAACACUGGAAGGACUACGACCAGAACCGAGACGGAAAGAUAGGCUGGGAAGAGUACAAAAACACCACCUACGGCUACUAUAUGGACGAUGAGUUUCAUGACGUCGACGACAAGGCCACCUAUAGAACCUUGCUCAUGCGGGACGAAAGGCGCUUCAAGACAGCUGACCGAGACGGCGACGGUAUUGCCACGCGCGAGGAGUUCACUGCCUUCCUUCAUCCGGAGGAGUUUGAUUACAUGAGAGGCGUGGCAGUGCAGGAAACGGUGGAAGACAUUGAUAAGGACGGCGAUGGCAGGAUCAAUUUAGCGGAAUACAUCGGUGACAUGUACUCACCAGAGAAUGGGGAGAGCGAGCCGGAGUGGGUCCUGACAGAGAGGAAACAAUUCUACGAGUUCAGAGAUACCAACAAGGAUGGCUACAUGGAUGCUGAAGAGGUGGCCAACUGGGUUCUGCCGGGAGAGGUUGACCAUGCUGACAAUGAAGCCAAGCACUUGAUCCAUGAGACAGACGCCGACAAGGACCAGAAAAUAACCAAGAAGGAGAUUCUGGCUAACUGGAACAUGUUUGUGGGCAGCCAGGCGACCAAUUACGGGGAAGACUUAACGAAGAGACACGACGAACUUUGAUGUGCUAUCACAAGCUCACUUGGAGAAUUUGGUUACUGUGGUUUUUGGGGUGGGGGGGUGAGGGUGGUUCUCAGUAAAGUAAGGUUUCUGACUCUGGGUUACAAGGAUAUAAUCAUGUACCUUUUGGUCACACAUGCACAUACACACAUACACACAAUCCACUCUGAUUCCGCAUGCACUCACAUACUGUGUAUGUGAAUACAGAUGAUACUGUUCUCUCUUUUGCUUUACUUACACAUCCACGUGAUUGUUUUAAACUGAGAUGCAUAUCCUCAUAGAUAACAUAUUCCUUUUUGUCGAGCAAAAAACUGUGUGUCUUCAAAAAUUACAAACACACACAAAACUGUGGAUAACGUCCAACAUGCACUGGCGUCCGGCUGAAACAAUGCCUUUUUCUAUGAGCCUGAGAGGUUGGAAAGUAGUCUCAACACACAGAGGGAGAUGCAAUUGUUGUAUAAUAAAGACCAGCAAACGUUGGGGUUACAGAGUUUUUAAUCAGAGACAGACAUGGUUAUGUUUACCAGUGAACAUUUGCCAACAUUUGCUGUCAAAAAUUGUAUGAAAUGCACAGUUGGAAGAGAGGUGAGUUGUUGACUGAAGGGCUGUGUUACUGACUUUUUGGGGGUUUUACUAUUAAAGUAUUUUUUUUUUUCUACAAA